UACACCAACCGCAUCUCCCUGCCUUCAUUCGGCGGAGGGCUUCACAGGAGAAAAUCCAGGAGAAAAGUGAGGCUGGGGGAAAGCAGGGAGGAGAGGCAGUCUGUGCCCACUCCCCUCCAGCUGGGGUUCAUCCUCUGAGCCCCGGGGGGGGCUGUGGGGCUGACCCCCCCAUGCUCUCGAGACAUGCCUGGAGGUGCCCAUGGGAUCCUCUCGCUGCUGACCGUGGCGUUCGUCCUCCCGGAGGUGUCCGGGCUCCAGUGUUACGGCUGCAACAUCAUCGUUGGCACCAAGUACGUGGACAUGGGGUGCUCGAACCCCGAAGUGAUCACCUGCUCCCACUCCCACCAGGGCUUCAAACACCGGUUCUGCAUUAAGACGGAGAGCGUGGUCCUGGGCAGCCUGCUGACCAGCGGCUGUGCCACCUCCCGUCACUGCCAGCAGCAGGAGCUGCCGGGGGUCCGCAUCCACUGCUGCGACACCGAUCUCUGCAACGGCUCCCCCCGGCCGCCCCCCGGCCUCGACGGCGGCUGCCUCCUGCUGCCCUGCCUCCUGGCAGCCCUGCUCCUCUCCUGA